UCCAGAGCCGCGCGGUGGCGGCUCCGACACGUGUUGUUGGCUUUGGAUGCCCAGAUCGCAGGUAUGUCGUGCGGUGCUUUCCCGGCGCGCGUUUCUUGCCGUCCAUUUGGAAGUUAGGCUGGUGGCUGCACUGUGGAGUGGCGGCGUCUGCAAGACUCUACCUCUACCUCCACGUGAAAGACGGGACCUUCACCCGGCUCUUCAAGGCGCUUGCACUUGCGCUUGCCCUUCUCUUUAGGGCCCCUGUUGUGCCACGAUGCAGCAGGCUUUAGAACGAGCUCUGGACCGUGCGGAGUAUGUCAUUGCCAGUGCCCAGCAGAGGCCUCCUAAAAGGAAAGGCUCAGCGAGUGGGGGCGCAUCUCUGGAUGAAAAACUUUAUGACCUAUAUGUGGAAGAAUGCGGGAAAGAGCCUGAGGCUACGGAGGAAUUAAGAAGCAACGUGAACUUGUUGGAGAAGCUCCUGAGGAGAGAGUCGUUGCCGUGCUUAGUGGUCAACCUAUACCCAGGAAAGGAGGGAUAUUCGCUGAUGCUCGAGGGCGAAAAUGGAUCCUAUUCGGAGACCAUUCGACUGCCUUACGAAGAAGGGGAGUUGCUCGAAUACUUGGAUGCUGAACAAUUGCCUCCUGCUCUGGUGGAUCUCCUGGAAAAAUCUCAGGUUAACUUUUUUCACUCUGGGUGUGUCAUAGCCCAGGUACGGGACUACCGGCAGUGCAGUCGGGAACCUCCCGGCUACGCGAGCAGGCACGUUCUCCUGCGGCCAACGAUGCAGACGUUAGCCUGCGACGUGCAGUCCAUGACCAGCGAUGACCAGACCUGGACCCAGGAAGACAGGCUUUUGCUGGAGAGCCAGCUGAUCUUAGCCACGGCCGAACCGCUGUGUCUUGAUCCUUCUGUAUCAGUAGCCUGCACUGCAAACAGGCUGCUCUAUAACAAGCAAAAGAUGAACACUGGCCCCAUGAAAAGGAGCUUCAAGAGGUAUUCUGCACCCUCCCUGAACCGGCAGCAGGAGCUGUCUCAUCGUCCACCUCCUGCUGAGCUGAGAGUAUGGGCCUCUUGCAAGAAAAGCAGAGAAAGGCAAGCGGGUCCGCAGCACGACCUCAAAAUUUCUAAAGCGGGGAACUGCGUCGAUAUGUGGAAACAGAGACCCUGUGACUUGGCCGUACCUUCCGGAGUGGACGUGCAGAAAUACGCCAGGGGGAAGAAAUCCGCCAGAUACGAUGGCUCGCCACCAACGGCCUGGCCAGCCCACAAGGUAGAAGGUGAUUCCGUAUUGGGCUAUGAAGCUGGCGGUGAGUCUCAGACAGCGCAGCUGACUUCCGUGCAGCCGCCGAAUGACCCACCUUUGUGUGGAAGAAGAAGGCCCUGCAAAGAAGCCAGACGUGAGGGACAGGGGUCUCCUCCGCACUCCUCCACAGACGACCAUCCAGACAGUGUCCGGCCUGGCUCAAAGACGGAUGCUGGGACGGAAGCCAUUCGGUCAGCUGUCUUGGUCCAGCGCAAGGCCAAGUGUCCCGCCACCGCGUCACACGGCUCCAGUGGCCCAGCCAGCCUCAGCCAGCCGCCUCCCGGGAAAGAAACAGCACAGCCUGAGACGGUGUCGGUUUGGUCUUCAGUCCUGGGGAAGGGAGUCAGCCAUCCACCUCUACGCUUCAGACCUUCCUGGAGCUCAGGAGGGACUCGGUCGGGCAACAGUUUCACCCCAGUGGAGGCAAGAGGCUUCUUUAAAUCUCCAGCUCCUGCUCCUGCUCCCGCUCCCGCUCCUGCUCCUCAGCCCCCGAGUCUUUCCCAGAAUUCGUCUGUGGACGUGAAUCGAGUGAGCAUGUUUCCCGCAGCCGCCCUGUCCAGCAGCAGCUCGCCACAAGGAACCCUGGCCCCCCUGGUCACGGCCAACUCCCAGCAGUCCUCUGCGGGAGCGACUCGAGGUAGCACGCUUCCUGCAGCCACACUGUCCACCGCCGGCUCAUCACAGACAACCCUGGCCCCCCCGGUCACGGCCAACUCCCAGCAAUCCCCUGUGAGAGUGAUUCGAGUUAGCAUGCUUCCUGCAGCCACACUGUCCACCGCCGGCUCAUCACAGACAACCCUGGCCCCCCCGGUCACGGCCAGCUCCCAGAAACCCUUUGCGAAACAGGUGACUCAAGUUAGCAUGUUUCCCGCGGCCACCCUACCCACUACCGGCUCAUCACAAAGAAGCCUGGCCACCCAGGUCACGGCCCGCUCCCCUGGCCCCAACAUCAUCCAGCUGGCGGGCCCGGUCUGUGGAGCCCAGGCUUUGGCGAGGGGUUCCAGGCCCGGGCAGGGCUCUACCGCUGGGGCCACAGAUCCUGCGGGAAUCCAGCCCGGCAGCCUGCCCUCGGGAGCUCGGCCACCAAAUGCAGUGCGCACUGCAGCACAGGCUGCGUCUCCAGUCCGCGUUCAGUUUUUUUUAAAAAAUGCUUCAGGCCUCAAGCCGGUGACUCUGCUGGAGCUUCCGCAAGGUUCGCUCCCUUUGAACGCCCAGCAGCAGCCAGAGCAGCGGCUCUAUCAGUUGAUUCCACAAGAACAACUUCAGCAAGCCUCCGCUUCUGGUCCUUGGCAGCCAGUGCCACGGGGUCCCGGUGCCCGAGGCCCAGCCCCUCCAGAGACGGCCUCACCUGCUCAGCAGGCCGUUGUCCUGAACCUCCUGGGACAGGGACGGGGCCGGGGACAGGGACGGGGACAGAGACAGGGACAGGGACAGGGGAGUUUGCUGCAGCCCCAGGCAGCUGUGUUGUCUCUGCUUGGCUGUGCUGCAGAGAACCAGGGAAGAGCCCGGCCGAGCGGCCCUCGGCACACGCUGCAGCUGUCCCCUGCCUCGCAGCCGUGGCCACAGCAGCAGGCGCAACAGCAUAGAAUCUUGCAGCACCCGGUGGCCGUGACAACUGUAGCCACCCAGACGGCUCAGCCUUCUUGGGGCCAGCGGGCCGCAAGCCAGUCCGAAGGUAAAAAGAACAGAGGCCCGCCUUCCCCUCCCAGAUCCUGAGUCUCACUCAUUUCCUCUCUUUAAAAACACCAGAGCGUCGGCCCAAGUGAACUCCGAGGUUUUCCUUCGUUUGGGGUUUUUUGAUUUUUGCUCUUUUAACGUGUCAGCAUCUUACCUUUAGAUGUACGAACUGUACAGAAGCGCAACCUCGUGAGUUUUGCACAGAAACAAGGCAGUGAUUUAAGAAACUGGGAUCGUUUUGCUUAAAGUGAUCGAAGUGCCCAGUUCAGUAGUGCUCAGUAUAUUCACACUGCUGCGCAGCGCGUCUCUAGAAUUGCUUUCAUCCUGCAGAAGCGACGCUCUUGUCCCCGUCAAGCACCAGCUCCCCAUUUCCCUGUCCCCCAGCCCAGGCAUGCACGGUAUCAUUUUCUGUGUCCGCGAGUGUGACUGCUUUAGAGCCUUCGGAUAAAGUGCACUCGUGGAACAGGAGGUGUCCUUCUGUGACUGGCUUACUUCACUUAGCGUAACGUCGUCACCGUCAAGGCUCACCCCUGACGCGUUGUAGCGUGGACGGGAAGGCCAUAGGUUUUUAUGGGGCGCCUGGGUGGCUCGGUCGGUUAAGGGUCUGGCUUCAGCUCAGGUCAUGAUCUCGCGAUUUGUGAGUUCGAGCCCCGCGUUGGGCUCUGUGCUGAGAGCUCGGAGCCUGGAGCCUGCUUCAGAUUCUGUGUCUCCCUCUGUCUCUGCCCCUCCGCUGCUCAUGCUCUCCCCCCGCCCCCCCCCCCCCGUCUCUCUGUCUCUCUCUCAAAAAAUGAGCGAACGUUAAAAAAAAAAAAUGUAAUGGUGUCACUGCACAUAAUCGGUACUGAACUGACCUAUUAAUGUUUAUCUAUUUUUGAGAGAGAGAGAAUGCACGAGUUGGGGGAGAGUCCGAGAGAGAGGGAGACACAGAAUCCGAAGCAGGCUCCAGGCCCUGAGAGUUCAGCACAAAGCCCGACGGCGGGGCUUGAACUCCCAAACUGUGAGGUCAUGACCUGAGCCGAAGUCGGGUGCUUAACCAACUGAGCCACCCGGGCGCCCCUGAAGUGACCUGUUAAAUAGGAGAAACACCUUUCGGAAGAACGUCGUUUGGUGUGUGUCAAAAAGGUUCGCGUGCAGCGUAUUAAAUGCAAUCCUUACGAAUUAGUUUUGAAAGAAACUGUGAAAACUACCAAAAGAUGAUGCUUGUCAGGCUCACAUGGAGGAUGUGGGAGCCCUCCCAACGUGCAGAGUGGCUCAGGGGCACCCGUGUUGGGGGCGGUCCACAGGCUGAGCUCAGCCCUUCUCCUCCAGGUACAAUCACUGGGCCUGAAAAGGCACUUGUGGGAGGUCUUUGCUUUCUCCCUAUCAAAUCAUUUGCUUGUUUUAGAACUCCAGGUUAUUUGCAGAGAUUGAACAGCUAAACAUUUGAAAAUGAGUUUUGUUUGUUUGCUUUUCAAGCGUUUGCUACCUUGGUCACUUCU